UGUGAGCGCGGUGGUUGCGCGCUGUCUUAUUUUUCUCUGUUCUCUGUUCGUUUUCUGUAUUGGCCUGGUCUCGAUUUGCCAGAGCAUUCGGUACUCACCCCUCGUGCGCGUCAGCUCGUAUUUAGUUUGCGUUUCCAUGACGUUUGUCAUGUCGCGUCGUAAUUUUUUUUUAUUUUAAAUUCAAAUUACCCCUAACCUUAAUAGUUAUAAACAAAAUGUCGGGUUUUAUUUCAACCAUCACCGCUAGCUGUCACUUUUUCUAUUAUUUUAAUUUAUAAUAAUUAAUAUUGUGUGAAGUUGUUGUUAUGUCAGUAUCCAGUGUCAAACGAACGUCGCAUCACCACCAACAUUUUACUGCAGGGUAACACAAUAGGGGUGCCAUGUUGUUUUCGCUGAAGAAUCAGGGGUACAGGGCACGUUUUUAUAUUGUGUGAAAAUAUUUUAUAUUAUUUAUCAGUACGCGUGGUUACAGUGAGUGAAAUAAAUCCAUAUCUGGGACAGUGUAAUAUAAAAAAAUAUAUAUAUAUAUUUUUUUUUAAUAAAAAUGAAUGAUUCUGUGGAAGAUGUUGAGAUGGCUGAGGUUGAUAUUAAAUCAAGUGAGACACCGCAUGGUACAAUAAAUUAUAAGAAUUAUUUUAAUAAUAAUAAUAAUAAUAUUAAUAUUAAUAAUAAUAAUAAAAAUAUAAAUAAUAACAAUGGGACAAGUUUGCAUGGAUCUUUUGAUAGUAUGGACAGCGGAUAUCUGUCAUUUACGGCAUCUACUGGAGCAACUGUCAUAAAAUCAACCGGAAGAUCAAGACCGAGUGUAAAAAAAUCAUCGUACUGGCUUAGAAGCGACCAGUGGCAGUCAGAACGUAGAAAAUCAUCAAAGUUCAACAGCUUGAUAAAUGGCUCCCGGGACUCGGUGCUGGAGUCCGAGGACUCGAUUGAGGAUCACAACAACAGCAUCGAGUCUAUUUCCAAGGAUCGUAAUCACUUUCGCACGGAUCUGCGUAACUAUAGACUACGCACUCGCAAUAGUGGGAGAUCCAGCAAUCAAUGGCACGCGGUGACUCCUGCAGCAGCGGUGUCUAAGGUAAAUCAGCUUACGCCAAUUACUCCUUUGUCACCAUGCACUGCCACGACGAGUUACAUGGCCUGCGAACCCGUCGAGGAUGUUGAUAAAAUUUUGUCUAUACCCCAGAGCACGCCUUAUAUUUGCAAUGAUAAAUUAACAGAAUCGUUGACUCCAACUAGAACGUCGUCGUCGUUUUCGUCGUUGUCGGCCCAGCCUAUGAUAACUUUCUCUCCCAAGACGAGAAAAGUCAGUCCAGUGAUAACUUCCGCGGAGAAUAAAAAAUUCAGCAAACUUAAGAUUGGGAAUUUGAAUAAAAUCAUCAAGCAUCAGCAGCCGAUCCUCGCAGUCAAACCCAAGAAACUUGACUUUGACAAACGUGUCGGCUGCACGAACUGCAAGUUAGCGACGACCAGGGCUGAUUACACGGGCCGAGAAACCGUCGAUAUUUUAAGUCUUCUGGGAGAGAAGAGCAAUCAUUGGCGUACGAUAGCCAAAAUUCUCUCGUACCUAACUCCCCAGGACCUCUGUUCCGUCAGUAUGGUGUCCCAUGUUUGGCGGAAAAUUUGUCUGAAUGACAACAACGCGAACCGCAGACGCCUGCACCACGUGUACGUCAGACAAAAUACUAAAGAAAAUUUAAUUUUAAUAAAAAGCAAAUGUGAAAUAACGAGUACUCCGAAGACUAGCAAGUUAGUGAAGAGAAAUUAUCUGACGGACGUUCAAAAUAUGCAGGCCACUCCAGGACGACGAGCGCCACCUCAAAGUCCACCCGUGUCUCCGAGCAAAAUCAAAUUUCACUCCUUUGUCAAGGCGAGCCGAACUCUUGCACCAACGGAGCGUCUCUGCCGCUGCCCGAAAUGUUCCUUCGCAAGUCAUGUCGACGAUAAGAGAAACGUCGGUACUUGCACACGUGAAGGCUGCAGUGCUGAAUUCUGCACUCUUUGUUCUUCGUCUCCACACACUGGGCCCUGCAAAACUCCUCUGCUGGCCACGCCGACCAAACGCAAGAAGGCCCCGCUGAUAGUCGGCUCCAAACAGAGCAAGCGGAAUCUUCGUCGGCUGUAGGAUUAAACAAUCGAUUACUUGCAUUGUAAUCAAUCAUCAUCAUCAUCACCAUCAGCAGCAACAAUGCUGACUUUUGUUAAUAUUUUUAUUAACGCUGGACUCGAUGCCGACUUUUAGACUCAGGCUCAGACUCAGAUGCAGACUUCGAAUCCGAGUUUUAUUUGGCUCCGGUUAUUUCAAACCUCGGCCAGACGAGUUUUUGUUGGCCCGGUAAUUUCGACCAACCAGCAAUUACCCCACCAGAAGAUCAAUAAUUUUCUUUAUUAUUUUUCAUACUUUAAGUUUGUUGCUGCUGAUAUAUUUUACUGUUAAAUAUUGCGGCCAUUUUUUUUUUUAUUUUUUAUUUAUUAAUUUUCCUUCGAUCGCUAGUCUUUUGAGUUUAAUACUUACAGGUAUUUAAUAACAUGAAGGAAAAUUAUUAUAUUAUUUAUUUAGCACUUAGUGUGUUAAGCCAUUUAUUGUAACAAUUGUCAAUUAUUGUGACCUCAUUUAAAAAAGAAAAAAACAUCCGUGCCAUUUUAGCGCCAUAUUAUAGUUAACUUUUUUUGUUACCGUCGUUUUUUUAACUCCCGUAAAAAUGAAAUAUUAAAGACUGUUUGUAAAUAAUUGCGUGAAUGGUCAGACAUAUUUUAUACAUCGGGUAAGAUGGACUAGAUUUGGAUAAAAUAUAAUCCAGGUAAAUUUAACAGAAGAUGUAGAUAAAAGUAAAUGGUAAUAAAGAAAAAAAGAGGGAUAAAGAUUUUCGAUUUACAUUCUCUAAAGACGUGAGUGCAAGUUGUUUCUCGAGAACGUUUACGUCCUGGUGCUCUUGCUUUUUUAUUUAUUUUAGUUAAACUCGCGCUUCGACCGUUGCUCUUACCCUACACGGUUCUGGACCGGGUCCCUUUUUCCACCCAAAACAAUGGCCGAGAGCAAAAAAAACGUCACCUGAGACUCGGCCACAGACCGCCUUGGAAAUAAUGGCUCGGUUUAUUUCUUGAGAAUUUUUAUAUGGGGCUCGGCAUGUUCAUCUGAAAAAAUAUAAAUUUAUUUAUUUAUUCGAGAAAAAAUUGCCAGUACACCCAACUUAAAUCAAAUCGCUCAAAGCUCAUUUAAUCAAAAUAUUUAAACAAAAACAUAUCAAGUAUUUUACCUAAUAAUUUAAAGACCAAAUCAUUCCGUGUUUUUUUUUACGGCAUUUUUACUCCCGCCACUUUUUGAAAAUAGUUAAUGACAACUGUCAUGACCGUAUUCAAAUUUUAUCAAUUCAAAAAAAAUUACAUUUGUCAUUAAUUGGAAGUUAAAUGGAUUUGGAAAAUAAAUUUUAGUAAAAUCUUGACGUCAAUUUUAUAAUUCAAAUUUUUGGAUGUCAAAUUUAUUUACCAAAUUUCGUUUUACUUCAAAUUGAUGAUAAUUUUGUUAAAAAAUUUAUGUCCCGACAAUUGCAACUGCGCGGUCUUUUUUUUUUUUAUUGAAACUAAUUUUUUUUUUGAUUAAUUAAUAAAAUUAUAAUCCGGUUAUGAUAAUUAAGUCAUUGAAAGGUUUAAAAAGGAGGGGAAAGUGCCUAAAAACGCAUUUAAUUCUUAAUUUUAAAAAUAAGAAGACGGUGCUCAAAAUGUGCGUCAAAAAUUUUCUGAAAAAAAAAAAAAAGAUACAAAACGCACAAUAAAAAAUUAUUAUAAUUAACUAUAAUUAAAUAUAUAUAAAUGGUAGUGAUUUAAUUUAAUUUAAUAAUAUUUAUAAGUUUAUAUAUAUAUAUAUAUAUAUUAAGUGUAAAUAAAAAAAUCUCCAAAUCCUUUGUAAAUUUUACGAGUAGUUUUUAAGAAAAAAGAAGUAUUUAUGUGUAGAAAUAUUUUUAUGUAAUAUAGACAACUGAAAUUCAAAGUGCCUAUAUAUCACUCUACCAACUAUUGUUUCAAUAUAAAAAAAAAAAUUUUAAUCUCUGACUAAAUUUUGAAUGAAAAAGUAAAAAAUAUUUUUUAAAAAUUCUGAUAAAUAUUUUUCUAAAUAAAAAUUUGAAAAAGUGUCUUGAAAUUUUAAUGUAAAAAAUUGCUCAGUAAUUUUUAUUCUUUCAUUACUCGUUUGCUCAAAUGUAAUUUUUAAGUUUAAAAAAGACAAGUAAUUUUAAAUUUUGCUCUCUGUAAUUUUAAAUUAUAUGAACCAAUGUCGAUUGUUUGUACUGUUGCUCUCUAUACUUUUUUUAUACUAAUUGAAACAUAGUCAGGAUUAUUUGAAUUGUAACGCAGAAACCCCGAGGGUUAAUGAAAUUACUUAUUUUUAAAUAUUUAUUUUUAAAAGUUAUGCCAAAUGUUUUAAAAUUUAUGUCAAAUAAAUGUUCUAAGUUAUUCUGUUCUGUAUUUUGUAUGUUCACUUAUAAAAAAAAAUGAAAUUUUAA